CUCAACCUUGCACAUAAAGCCCCUAAAGAUUCUUUCAAAUCUCCAACCAGAAGUCAUCAGUCAACAUGCGCUUCCUUACCAUCAUCAUGAGCCUCACUGCCGCGGCCUCGGCGGCGGACAUCCGCCUUAGGUUUGAGGGUGGUUGCAAAGGUGGUUUCGCCGUAUGCAGCAAUAUUGCUGCCAGGACCUGCUGCAAUGGAGAAAGGGGUACCCAGGGCACUCCUUCCCUCGGUUUCGUCAACAUGCCACACAAUGCCGCUGUCGGCGGUUGGCAAGCUACCCGCAACGGACAGAUCUGUGGUGCACUCGUUGCUUCGGGGAAUACGGGCAAUGGAAAUAACGCUUGCCUCAAUCCUCCCGCGGGCGGAUCCAGGUUUGCGGGUGGCACCUGGAAUCCGAGCAGUAAGAAGAGAUAUGCUGUCAAUGAAGAUAUCCUCGAGUGCACGAACUCGCAAGUGGCAGAUGCUCUGGUGUUGGCCGACGGAAAGAAGUAUAACGUCAAAGGAAUGGAAGAAGGGUUGGUUACGGAGCUGUAUACUAUGGUGUGGAACGGGACCGUGAAGGAGGAUGUUCCUGAGGUUUAUGCGACCUUCGAGGCCCUGGAGUAGGGAAUGCUCUUGAGUCCAGUGAUGGGGUAGAAAGAUGGGCGGGAAGUUUGCACGUCCUGGUAGUCUUUCUCGUCAUUCUGGUGGUGCCACAUGGUAGCAUCGCUGUUACGAGGUUGGGUUCAACUCUAUGGUUGCUAUAACCAGUACCGUUCGUUAUUGAAGCAUAACUUCUACAAAAUAUAGAGAGCUAUGGGC